AUGCAAUUUGCGUUGUGGGAUGGCUUCACCCUCUUCGUACCUGUGAUAUUUCCUAGCCGAGAAACGCUUGAAUCGUGGCCUAGCUUUAAAAUCCUAUACGCGACCGAGAUUGGAUCCAUUGUAAUUGCACUUCCCGGAUUUAUCCUCCUAAUACGAGCUCUUGACAGAUCGGUUCAACUGUUCCACAAAAACCUUAUCCGAGUGAUGCAGCAUUUGUUGGUCCUUUAUGCAUAUGCAUUCCUACCAAAAGUUGGUGGUAAACAACUGGGGCCUCAGAAUGGUGCCAAAUGCUCAGCUUUGCAAAACAAUAUCGACAUUUCAGAUAUCGAACGCGAUAUGGUGCUUUUCCUUCUGCUGGAAAUACGAUUCGCAUCGCUGUGUUCACUGACAACUGUGAUCCCAGCCAUGGUUGUUGAACGGACUUUUGCGUCACGUUUUGUCAGCAUCUAUGAAAGAAUACCAAAGCCUUGGAUCUCUUAUCUCGUGAACAUCGCCUCUCUUGUACUCGGUGCAUUAAUUUAUUUCCUCUGCUCGCUAGGCAAGUACACAUACUUCAUAUACACUCAAACUCUC